UUACUCUUUACUCUCUUCUCUCCAUCGCUACAAUUUUAUUUGACGUUUCCCCAGAGUUUUGGGCAUAGAUUUUGUUUGCUCACUCUAUUUUUUCGACUUGAAUUCGUUUCUAUUUCAAUUUUUCAAUGGGAAUGGUGAAGAAUAGAACGUUAAUUUCAAGUGAUUUUUAUUGAAAUGGGUUCGUUGAAUUUAUGUGCUCUUUCAAAAAGACUCGACAUUUGAAAUCUCGAUUUCAUUUUAUGGGAAAAAUUCAACUAUCUGUUGCAUGUUUUUGCUUGAAAAACUGGAUUUUGGGAAGAUUUUUGAAUGCGUGGCAUGAUAAAUUAACAUCUACUAAAAUAAUUUUGUGUUUUAGAACCAGAAUACUAAAUCUUGAUAUUGGUAUAAAUUGAAAUUAGCAUUUGUGAGGGCAAAGAUGACGAAGGGUUAGAUUUAUUUAUUUAAUUGUAGUUGUGAUACUUUUGGAACUGAACAUGACAUUUACUUUUUUGGCUGAAAGUAUAAAGUCCAAGGUGAGUUUGAAGUUUAUGCUUUGAAUAAUGAAUAUUAUUUGGAUCUGAAUACAGCUUGCUAAUAGGUUGGCCCCAUCAGUAUUGGCGGCUUCAUAUUUUUUUGAAUUAUAGCUGUACUCAUGGUGGAUUAACCUUAUAUAAUCAGUUUUAUUUUCUGGUUUCUUCAUUUUCUUUUAUCAUAAUUAAGUAUUUUGCUGCUGCUGCUGCAUCAAUUCUUGGUUUCCCAUAUUCCGUUUGUAUAUAUGCACACACACAUUGAAUUUAAAUAUGAGAAAGUAAACAUAUGUGAAUUUUUUAUUAAUUUUGGUUGAAGGUUUAGUUGAGAAGCUAGGUGGAGUUUUAUAUUUUCAGAAGUGCUCUCUGAGUUAGAUGAAGUCUCUCUCUCUCUCUCUCUCUGAAUUGUUUAUUUUGUACACUCACUUACCUGCAUAUAUGAGCUGUUGUGGCAUAAGAUUGAUCAUUCAGUUAUGCACUCAUGGUAUUUGGAAUCAUGGAUAAUCAAGCUGUUACAAAAUGAUUUGCUUGUUUUCCACCACUCAUAUUUGCAAAGUUGUUGCAGUUCAUCAUUUUUGCUUCAGUUUUUAAAGUUAAAGUUCAUCCUAUCAGAAACUUACGAACAAUCCUUUUCAUGCUGAACUAAGUUAGCUGAUUCAUCUUUGGCAGAUGGGCUGCUUCCACUCUAAAUCCCCAAAACACACCCCUGGUUACGAGGAGCCCGUUAUCCUCGCUGCUGAGACACUCUUUUCUGUCAGUGAAGUAGAGGCUUUAUACGAACUGUAUAAGAAGAUAAGUAGCUCCAUAACUGACGACGGCCUCAUUCACAAGGAAGAAUUCCAGCUUGCUCUCUUCAGGAACAGAAACAAGAGAAAUCUAUUUGCAGACAGGGUAUUUGACAUAUUUGACUACAAACGCAAUGGAGUGAUUGAAUUUGGAGAAUUUGUCCGGUCGUUAGGAAUAUUUCACCCUAAUGCAUCAGUUGCAGACAAAGUUUCAUUUGCAUUUAGAGUGUAUGAUCUGAGGAGCACAGGUUUCAUCGAGAGGGAAGAGUUGAGAGAGAUGGUAUUGGCACUAUUACACGAAUCAGAUGUAGUUCUUUCGGAGGAAUACAUAGAGAUGAUCGUGAACAAGACAUUUGACGAUGCAGAUAAGAAAGGCGAUGGAAAGAUUGACCUAGACGAGUGGAAGGAAUUUGUAUCCCAAAAUCCAUCCCUUAUCAAGAAUAUGACACUUCCAUAUCUAAAGGAUAUAACACUAGCAUUUCCUAGCUUUGUGGUACGCUCUGAAGUCGAGGACUCGGACUUGUGAUUUGUGAGCUUGUGUAUUGGCCUAAACGCACGUUGCAUACCCCGUCUCAUGUAGAGACUAUGAACUCCAUACAGAGUUUGGAGUGAUGAUUACAACUGAUGUCAAGAGGGCUCGAACUCGGCACCUCAUGCAAUAAUGUCUAAGCUCCUUGCCAUUAGUACAAAGGCUCUAUACUGGUUUUGCUUUAUUUUGAGAAUUAAGAAUGUGCUGUGUAGAGGAAUCCUUGCCUCCUUGGGUCCCCAAUAUUUCAAGCACAUAAUUAUUUUUGGUAUAGCUAAUUUCAUAGAGUAUUACCCUUAACUGUAUUUGACAAUAUAGUCAUCUCCUCACCAUUUAGUGCUCAUUAGAUUAAAA